GUGCCAGAAGUGAAGUGAGUGUCAAACAUCCAAACCAGCCCACGUCGUCGAGUCGUCGUUCAGCGAAAAAAAAACCUCGGUCCGUCGGAGCAGAUUCCGUCGUUCCGGAAGUGUUUUCCGCCGCGCGUGGCGCCGUUUUCCCUCCCGUGGAGAACUGGCCUGUUAGAGUGCUCUGGUGAAGAAGUGAGCGUUUUGUGUGUGUCGCGAAACCGUUCCUUUCUCCGGGAAAGGGGGGGCAACGUAGACACCAUAAUGGUUCCGCCACAGGGUUGCAAAUUAUCCGCUGCGCUGGUGAUUGGCCUGGCGCUGCUCGGGUUGGUCCGGGGCUUUACGCUUCAGAAGACGGGGCCGAUUAUCGAGAAUGAGUCCUUCCUGGCGAACCCGCGGUACGAGUCGAACGAGGAGCUGGCCGAUCUGUUGGCCCGCCUCCAGAAGGACCACCCCUCGCUGGUGAAGGUCCACUCGAUCGGAUCUUCGCUGGAGGGACGUCCGCUGCUGGCGGUCGAGAUCCGGGCCAACAUCGAUCGGCCCCGGCAGCUGCUGAUGCCGAUGUUCAAGUACGUGGCCAACAUGCACGGCGACGAGACCAUCGGGCGCGAGCUGCUCAUCUAUCUGGCCCAGUACCUGGUCAACAACUACGACCAGGAUCCGGAGAUCGGGGCGCUGCUCAACACGACCGACAUCUUCCUGAUGCCGACGAUGAACCCGGACGGGUACCAUCGGUCCAAGGAAGGAAAUUGCGAAUCCUUAUCCAGCUACGUGGGCCGAUACAACGCGGCCCAGAUCGAUCUGAACCGGGACUUUCCGGACCGGUUCGACGACGAUCGGAAGCGGCACCUGCGCCGGAACCGCCAGCAGCCGGAGACGGUCGCCGUCAUGAACUGGAUCCUGAGCAACCCGUUCGUGCUGUCGGCGAACCUGCACGGUGGCGCCGUCGUGGCCAGUUACCCAUAUGAUAACUCGAUAGUCCACCACGACUGCUGCGAGGACAGCCCGACGCCGGACAACCACUUCUUCAAGUACGCGGCGCUGACGUACGCCCAGAACCAUCCGGUCAUGAAGAACGGCAACGACUGCAACGAAACGUUCCCCGAGGGCAUCACCAACGGGGCGUACUGGUACGAGCUGAACGGUGGCAUGCAGGACUUUAACUACGUGUUCAGCAACUGCUUCGAAAUUACGCUGGAACUGAGCUGCUGCAAGUUCCCGCGGGCCAGCGAACUUCCCAAGGAGUGGCAUAAGAACAAGCGCUCGCUCAUUGAGUACAUCAAGCUGGUGCACGUCGGAGUGAAGGGUCUCGUCACGGACAGCAACGGAUACCCGAUCAAGGACGCCGACGUAAUCGUGGACGGCAUCUCCCAGAACAUCCGAACCACGCAACGCGGCGAGUACUGGCGUCUGCUGGUACCGGGCAACUACAAGAUCCGCGUCGAAGCCGUGGGCUACUACCCGAGCCAGGAGGUCCCGAUCACCAUCACGUCGGAGCAGCCGCUGCGCGUCAACUUUAGCCUCAAAUCGUACGAAGCCGACGAAGUUUCAGACAAGACGAAACAUCCACGCAUCGUGCGGCAGUCGGCGGACCAGUACGGUUUCCUGCAGACGCCCAAGUUCGAGCAUCACAAUUUUACCGCGAUGGAGGCCAUCAUCCACGAACUGGCCGGCAACUACCCAUCCCUGACUCGGCUCUACUCGAUCGGCAAAUCCGUCCAGCAGCGCGACCUUUGGGUGCUGGAAAUCACCCGCAAUCCCGGCAAACACAUCCCCGGAAAGCCCGAGGUCAAGUACAUCGCCAACAUGCACGGCAACGAGGUCGUCGGCCGGGAAAUGCUACUGCUGUACGCGCGCUACCUCCUCCAGAACUACAACCGGACGGAACGGGUAACGCGACUGGUCAACAACACCCGGCUGCAUCUGCUGUUCAGCAUGAAUCCGGACGGGUACGAAAUUUCCGAAAUCGAAGACAAGGACAAUCUGAAGGGACGAGCGAAUGCGAACAACGUUGAUCUGAACCGGAACUUCCCGGACCAGUUUGGACGGAAUCGGUACAACAAGAAGCAGGAACCGGAAACGCUGGCCGUCAUGAACUGGUCGUUGUCGAUUCCGUUUGUGCUGUCGGCGAAUUUGCACGGUGGGGCGCUGGUGGCCAACUAUCCGUUUGAUGAUUCGCCGAAGGAUUUUGCCUACUCGAAUGACUAUGCGAACCCACGCACGGUGAACAAUCCGACCGAGGAGAACGAAAUGUUCCAGUACUUGGCGCAUACGUAUGCUAAUGCCCACACAACGAUGCAUCUGGGUCAACCCUGCCCCAGCUACCUGCGCGAAAGCUUCAAGGACGGCAUCACGAACGGCGCCGCCUGGUACUCGGUGACCGGCGGAAUGCAGGACUGGUCCUACAUCGUGGGCGGUGCAUACGAACUGACACUCGAAGUCGGCUGCAACAAAUUCCCCAAAGCGGAUGAGUUGCCUGCCUUUUGGAACCAGAACCGGGAAGCGCUGAUGCGAUACGUUGAACAGGCUCAACACGGAAUCACCGGGUACGUGAAGAGCACCAUUGGCCAUCCGCUGGCUCAUGCUACUGUUGAGGUGAACAACAUCCAGCACGUGACGUUCACGACGGCUGAGGGCGAUUACUUCCGGUUGCUGCUGCCGGGGCUGUACAACGUGACGGCCGAUGCCGCUGGCUACGAACCCCAAACAGUCCAGGUGCAGAUCUUACCCGAAGCGAAUGGUCCCGUUACGGUGGACUUCCUGCUGAUGCGUGACGACCCUCAGCACUGGUCCUCGGCGUACGACUACCGAACGCUGGCCAACGUGGUCAAGACGCGCUACCACACGGACGUUGAGAUCAAGUCCAUCAUUGGGGAGUUUGAGAACCAAAACUACAAAACCGCUUCCGCAGAAUUGGCUGACAACGAAGUGUCCAUGGUGUACCCUUCCGUCAAAAUCACCGACAGUAUCGGCACCCCGGAGGAAACCAAGCUGCACAUCCUGAUCCUGUCCUCACUGUUCCAAAGCACGGCGAUCGGCCGCGAAAUGGUCAUCAACCUGGCGCGGCACGUCCUGGCCGGCUACAACAUUCCAGAGCCCCCAAUCCUCAAGCUGUUGAAAAACGCCGUCCUUCACUUUGUCCCCGUCAAGAUUGACUCGGAGCAGCUGCUGGAGCAGUUCCACGCCAACGCUAGCGUUUGUGAUCCCACCGUGAAGGAGGAGCUGGCCGAUAAGCUGCUCAGUGCCGAAACGGACCACCAGAAGGACAUGCUGCUGCGGAUGCUGCAGGAGGAGGAGUACGAUCUGGCGCUGAAUUUUGCCGCAGGAGGGAAUGAUGUGUUUUACCCCAACACCGACGACAAGGUUGCCAUCUACGGCCGGUUCGCCCAGAAGAUCAAGGGCCACAAGUACACCGUGGUCACGAACGAACGCUGCCCGGAGAGUGCGCUGCGGCUGCACCAAGCCGACUCGAUCCAACGGCUCACGAACCAGCUGCAGGCCCUGUACAAGGUUCCGCUGUUUACGCUCCAGCUGGGCUGCUGCAAAAUGCCCCAGGAGGCGGACAUUGCCGCCGUUUGGCGCCAGAAUUUGGAGCGGAUGACCAACUUUUUGCACUUGAUUGAUACGGGGAUUAAGGGUUAUGUUAGGGAUUCCAGGGGGAAUCCGUUGAGGGGAGCGAUUUUGAAGGUUAGGGGGAAUAACUUGAUUUAUAAGGUGACGCCGAAUUUGGCGCAUUUCCGGGUGGUGCUUCCGUUGGGAUCGAUGGAGAUCGAGUUUAGCUGUUUGAACUACACGUCGAGGAUCAUUCCGGUGGUGCUAAACCAGGACCAGGUGCUGGACAUGGGUGACGUGGUGAUGAUUGAGACGGCCACCCCCGUUGGGACGGGUUCGGUUGAGGCGCUCGUUCAGAACAAACCAAAGCCGGAGAAGCACGAAAGUUUCGCCGUUCUCGAACCGAGCGAACACAUGAAGCAGUUCCCGAAUGAUGGUGGAGUUGAGUUGAAAGGAAAAAUCUCCGGCUACAUCCUGGACGAGUUCAACCAUCCACUACCCAACUCCAAGGUCUUCAUCAGCAAUCGAGUGACCAACCUGACCACCUACACCGACGCCAUCGGCAAGUUCGCCCUGUCCGGAAUCCAGCAAACCGACCUGGUCCUGCACGUCCAAUCGCCCGGAUACUCGCCGGAAGAUCGCACCAUCCACAUCAUCGUUCCGCCCGGCGAACUGUCCGGCGUAAUCUUCCACCUGAAGCGGGACGAACGCGUGCUCGGAAUCCCGCGGCUGCUGUUCGUAAUCCUGGCCGGAUGUGCGUCGGUGGCCAUCAUCGCCUGUGGAAUCAUGUGCUUCCAGUACAUUCAGGCGAGACGGAAGAACGGCCGCUAUUAUUACAACUUUUCGAUGCUGCCCCAGAAGGGAGAUGGGGUGGGUGAAGGAGGAGAGCAGACGAAGCGGUUGUUUGACGACGAUGACGACGGCGAGACGGAGCUGUUCCGGGCGCCGAUUAAGAAGCUGCAACCGUACUACGACGACGAGCGGGACCCCGAGGACACCGAGGACGACAGCGAGGAGGAGGUCGUGAUGCUCAACUCAUCAUUCCGCAGCAACAACUAGCCUUCCAGAUAAAAACUCUAACUAGACACUAGACAAAUAGCUAAUCGUUAAGCAUUUUUUUACCGGGCGUACAAUCCAAACAAACAAACAGUUGUUAAUUCAUUCCAAACGGUGUCAAUUACGAAAGUGAUGAACUAUUUCUCAGAAAUGAUCUGACCGUGGUGCAAUUCCAUCGUUUCUCUCGCUAGAAAGGCGGCAGCAAGCUGUAAGAAAAUCAAAUGAAAAAAAAAACUAAAAACGAAUGUGAUAAUCAUUGCGACAAUGAUAAACGAGUGCACAUUUAUAAAUGACAAGAGCGCAAUCUUAUAGUUGGGAAAAUAUGUAGUUGGUACUUAUGAGGUUCACGACAGAGGUUAUGAAAGAAACGAAGAAAGAGUCUGCGAGUCUGAAUUUGUACGUGACCCAUGUGUUAUUUUAAGAUUUGAUUAUUAUUUUUUCGUGUAAUAAAUUAAUUCCACAAUCGU